AAACAACCAUCCCACGAAAGUGUUCAACUUUAUCAAUACAUCCUUCGCAGCUCAUUCUUGUUAUCUUAUUCUCUACAAGAUGUCGAACACUAUCACAGUCACCCUCUUUCAACUCGCAAAGAUGAUCGACCACUCUCUUCUCCAUCCAACAAUGACAGACGCCGACAUCCUCGCAGGCAUCGCCAUCGCAAAACAGUACAACACCGCCACGGUCUGCAUCAAGCCCUAUCUGAUGCCGUUGGCGAAAAAGGAGCUGGAAGGCACGGACGUCAAGAUCUGCCCUGUCAUCGGCUUUCCCCACGGAAACAGCACCACCGAAGUAAAAGUCUUCGAAGCACGCGCCGCUGCCGCUGCAGGCGGGCAGGAAAUUGACAUGGUGAUUAAUAUCGGCAAAGCCUUGGGCGGCGAUUGGGCCUAUGUCGCCGAUGAGAUCCGGGUUGUCAAAGAUGCGGUUACGAAACACGGCGCUGUUCUCAAGGUCAUUUUCGAGAACGACUACCUCACUGACGAAGUCAUCAUUCGUCUGUGCGAGAUCUGCUCAGAGAUCGGUGUUGCGUUUGUGAAAACCAGCACGGGAUAUGGGUUUGUGAAGCAGGCGAACGGGAUGUACUCGUACAAGGGAGCAACUGUCCAUCAUUUGAAGCUCAUGAGGGAGCAUUCGAAGCCCGAAGUUCACAUCAAGGCGGCUGGAGGCGUGCGAACUCUGGAUGAUCUGUUCCAUGUCAUCUCACUAGGAUGCUCUCGGAUUGGCGCAACUGCGACGGUCAGCAUUAUGGAGGAAGCGGUGAAGAGGGGGAUAACGGAUGAGCCAACGAUGGUGCAAUUCAAGCCUAUGGAUAGCACUCUACUGGGAGUUAUUGAAUUGUAGAAAUUUCGGCAAGGAAGAAUCUUACUCGUAGGGGAGCAGCAACUGGAUGAAGGCUGAAGUGAAGGCUGAGAAGGAGUGGUAAUAAUAUCAAACUUAUGAAUCUUGGAUUGUA